UGCAGAAUUCUGCUGGAGCAGCACUAUUAACUGAAAAAAUGUUUUUUCCCAUGACAGUAUCCCUUUAAGAAUCUCCUCUGGCCUGAUAAUUAUAGAGCCUUUUUGUUUUUAGUAUGUACCUUCUAGAUUACUCUAGGUUUUCUGCUCUUCUUUCAUACAGCAAACAGACAGGAUAGUGUGUGAUUAUUCUUGUGUAGAGAACUAUGUAAGCUCCUCUGGUUAAGGACCAAUGUGAAUAAGUAACAGUCACUGUAUAGUUCCAUGGAGUAUACAAAGUACAUGUUUGACUGUACUGUGUUAGCUAUCGGCAAGUAACCCAAAUCUUAAAUUUUGUUUCUUUUCAACCAACAUAAAUAAGGCUUUCCUAGAAGGCCCGUAGAAGUUAUGGAGAAGAACCAGAAAUGUGCAACUGGACAAGAAAGAUUUCAGGUUAGAUCAGGGGAUAGCCAGAGAGCAGAGCCCAGAAAGACACAGACUACUAUGGAAUCUGACAAGGACUCUGGCUACUCAGAUAUCGCAUCAGAGUGCCUAAGCUCUGUUGAGCAGACUGAUUCAGAAGAGGGUCCAACUACAUCACGCUGGAAUGUAGCAUGGAACCCCUCAGGCAAAACUCCAUCGCAACCACAUUCAUUGGUCGUCUUGAAAAACCUGCUUGUUGAUCAGGGAUCCGUCCCUCAACCUAAUGCCAGCUCAUGGGCUGUCCGCCCUUCUUUUCAGCUCCUUCAGACUUCCCCGCAGAUCCUCUUCGUUCCCCCGACGGUUUCUUCUACCAAGCCUUCCAUUUGUAGAAAAGAUGCCAAGUACCUGCCCAUCUUAAAAUCCUACACAAAGAUUGCACCACAUCCAUCACACCGGCCCUCCAAUAUAUCUCUUCCUUGUGCCAGAAAGAGGGGACCAGAUGAGAGGCCUCAUAGCCAGACAAAGAGGCAGUGCACCAAGGGCCACAGUGGCAGUCGAAAAGGGAUGGACGCCACAACAAUGUUAGAUACAGGGAUACAAGAAGUCCCGGUUGACCAAAAUGUGAAAGAAAGUUCUGGCUGUACCAAGAACAGAGUGCUAGACAUGCAAAUGAAUACCCAGAACAUAAAUUCAUAUAAAAAGGGCUCCAAAGUUGCUUCUUUGGAUACACAGCAAAACCAUCUCAAUGCAGAUCAACAGAACAAAUCACGGCGCUUUCAGAAUACCAUGGAUGUUUUAAACCACUCUGGCUUGCUGAGCAUUGCCAUGAAGACUAAAGAAUUAGCACGGCACAACCAAGUUACACAAAGUCAGUUGGAGAAGCUGCAAGAACAGGUGCAGCUUUAUGCCACAGCAAUAAGUAGUAACUACCCUCAGGACUGGCAGAAACUUCAAGAUUCAUUGGCAAAGGUUGUUACAGCAGAUUCAUUGGAACUGUCAGUUGGAGAAAUGGAUUUGUAAUGUUUUAUUUUCAGGUUAUUACGGUAAGUUAUCUUUUUGGUAGUGGUAUUCGUUCUGUCUUCUCAAGACCACUCUCUACCAAAUAAUAGGCUUAUAAUAUAAGAUGCUGUUGUUCUCAGUGUUAGAAAAAGUCUUUCUAUCCCACAACAGCAUAUGGUCACACGUUAUUUCUAAUAAGUGUGAUAAUCAGAUUUAUUAAAGACACCUGGGGAAAGGUAGAGCUGCCUCAAAGCUGGAGGCAGCUGGCUCAGUAGAAGGAGACAAUUCAGUGGUGUCUCUUAAUUGUGAAAGUCGACAGCACUAUACAGAGCAGGCCUAGACUGGCAAUCUGUGGAUUUUGCCAAUAGUAAAAGGGGCUACUGUGAGAUGGACAGUCACUAUUUAUUUGACUGGUGAGGUGCUGUUUGGGCCUCUGUGUACUUGGAACACCAGGGCCUAUUUUGUACCAAUAUCUGGACCUGGUACAGAGAGCACAGUAGUGGGAUGUCUUUAUGAACUGUUUUAUGAAUGCAACAAGGUAUGUGCAUUCUAAGGAGCAGGGAUUCGUGACAGAGUAUUUUAUCACAGCUGAGAUAUUUGUCUAAGCUCAGCUAACAUUCUGUGUGUGGCAAGUAGUGCAAGGCUGGCCUUUGCUACAUUUUAUGUAAACAUGAUAGUCCAUUUUAUUUCAUUUUGUAGCUGUGGAGUAUUGAACAAUAUGCACCAAAUAUGUGAAUAUCUAUAACCAACUCAAAUCAGUCUAUGUGUGGCUGUUUUGCACACUUUCAUUUCAUACAUAAUAAACAAAAACCUAUUUAACACUGUUCCAAAUGCUUUGCCAUUUUUUCUGUUUUAAAUAUAUUUCUACAUUACAACUACCUGCAUCUACAAGUGGUUGCCAUGUUUGAAAAUGUAGCAGCAGGUGUGAUGCCAAAGAAUCCAUGAUUUAUAGGGCAGCGUGUUUCUUUAAUUGAGCUGGAGUGUUCAGCCUUCCAGAUGGAUCUGAAGAAAAAUCCAAGUUAAUAAUGAGGUAACAGUUGACCAUCUGCUAAGGUAGUAGUAUACAAGACUAGUCUAUAAUGGUGUCAGUUUUAUUUUAGUGUUUAG